AUGUCGGAAAGCCCAAAGGAUGCCGUAGAGACGCUCGUUUUCAAAAACAACUCACUCAUCGAUGCAACGUUUACGAGCAGAAAGCAACGACGUAUCGUAUGGGCAACUUUGACCUCUGGGACUAGCACGACGCUGUAUUCGGUCUCCCCACACGGCAAACUGGAGGCGGCUGCCUCGAUCCACUGGCAUAGGGCUGGAUCUCAUCUAUCUUUGAGGAACAGUGCUCAGUCCACAGUAGAACUAGAGGGAAACGAGUUUACGAUUGAGCAAUUUGGGUGGAGGGUGCGAAGAGGCGCCUUUCUUUCAGGCAUCAAAUCCAACUACUUCACACUGGGCAGCCAUAGAUGCCGCUGGAAGCCCGAUAGUAGCGGUAGACUGUUUGACCAGACGCAGUAUAUGAGCGAUGCCAUGACAUGGGUAUGCGAGGCCGAAGAUGUUGUUGGACCGCCGCCACACGACUCGCAUGGAUUGUCAAAGCUGAAUUCGGUCCUCAAAAAGCAAUCCAUAUCCAAGUCAACAUUGGCCACGUUUUGUCCAUCCUACAAUUUCAGCCGACAUGGGGGUGAUUUGGCCAUUUACCCAGAAGGAGAGCCGUGGACAGUCUGGCUGCUGCUCUCGCUCAUUCUGAUGCAUGUCAAGAGACAGGAAUGGGAAAAGGUCCAAAGCCAGGCAUCACCAGAAGCAUUGGAGGCGACCCUUGGACAACGGGCGGCUCCUACUCGGCCAGUGCCAUGA